UCGCAGUAGCGACAGCUGCGACGGUGCGGCCGUGGCACUGCGAAUAUCGUAUUAGCUCGUAUUACUUCGGCGAUGCCGAUGGUAAUUACGAGGUGACCAUCAUGACUAAAGCGAUUUUGCAUCACACCGGGAAAGUCGUGUGGAAACCACCGGCGAUCUAUAAAUCAUUUUGCGAGAUCGACGUGGAAUACUUCCCCUUCGACGAGCAGACUUGUUUUAUGAAAUUUGGUUCGUGGACUUACGAUGGUUAUACGGUCGACCUGCAGCAUCUUCUGCAGACCGAGGACUCGAAUAAAAUCGACGUCGGGAUCGACCUGACCGACUAUUACAUCUCCGUCGAGUGGGACAUCCUAAAAGUGCCUGCCGUGAGGAACGAGGCGUUCUACAUAUGCUGCGAGGAGCCCUAUCCCGACAUCGUGUUCAACAUCACUCUGCGCCGCAAGACCCUCUUCUACACGGUGAAUCUGAUAAUACCGUGCGUGGGCAUAUCCUUCCUGUCGGUGCUGGUAUUCUACCUGCCGAGCGACAGCGGCGAGAAGGUCUCCCUGUCGAUCUCGAUACUCCUCUCGUUGACGGUGUUCUUCCUGCUGCUGGCCGAGAUAAUACCGCCCACGUCGCUGACGGUGCCGCUCCUGGGCAAGUACCUACUGUUCACGAUGGUGAUGGUGACCUUGUCCGUGGUCGUCACGAUAGCCAUACUGAACGUGAACUUCCGCUCGCCCGUCACCCACCGUAUGGGCAAGUGGACGCGGAUACUGUUCAUCCAGGUGCUGCCGCGUUUCCUCUGGAUCCAACGGCCGAAGAAGGACGACUACGAGGACGAGGAUCAGGACAGGGACGGCGCCGGGAUCGGCACGGGUGGCCUCGACGACGACGGCAUCGACGACGACGACGAGGACGACGAGGACGAUAUCGAGGCGGCGAACGGCAAGCCGCCCGAGCCGAGCAUCCUCACCGAUGUGUUCCAUGUUCCAGAGACUGAUAAGUACGACACGUACUACGGCAAGAGGUUCAGCGGAGAGUACGAGGUACCGCCGCACGGUCUACCACCGCCGGCGACGAGGUACGACCUCGGCGCCGUCGGCACCGUCGGCACCGUCGCACCCUGCUUUGAGGAGCCCCUACCCUCGCUGCCACUGCCCGGGGCGGACGACGACCUCUUUGGGCCAGCUAGCCCUGGAUACGCUCACGAGGACGUCAGCCCCACCUUCGAGAAGCCGUUGGUACGCGAGAUCGAGAAGACCAUCGACGACGCCCGUUUCAUCGCCCAGCACGCCAAGAACAAGGACAGGUUCGAAGGC